AUGAGCGCCCCGUCGUCGCCAGAGCGCCCGGCCGCGGAGGACCCCAGGUCCAAAGGAUCCCCCCCAGCCGGCCCAGCCGUCGCGGAGGACGUCGCAGGCCGCGUCUCGGGCGACGUCGUCGCGCCGGCCCAUCCUGACCCGGACGCCCCAGAGGACGCCGGCUCCAACGGCGAGGAAGAGGGCGAGAUAGACGAGGACUCUGCGCAAGGCCCGGCAGGUCCGGCAGGCCCGCCACUCCCCCAGGAGCAUCAUGCCGCCUGGGGCGGCGGCGGCGGCGGCGGCGGCGGCGGCGACGACGACGACGGCUGGGACUGCCAAUGGGACGCCAACACCCAGGCGUGGUUCUUCCACAACCGCUUCACCGGCAAGUCGCAAUGGGACAACCCGCGCGUCCCCCCGUCCUCCGCGGACCAGGAUCCCGCCGCCGCCGCCGCCGCCCCCCAACUGCCGGCCGAGCAGGCGCCCGUGGGCGGCUACAACCCCGCCGUCCACGGCGACUACGACCCCGACGCGUGGUACGCCCAAAAGUACAACCAGCCCGACGAGCCGUCUGGCGCGCCUCAAGUCCCGAGCCUGGAGGACGGCUACAUGGCCACGGCAGGCUUCAACCGCUUCACGGGCCAGUUCCAGCACGAGGACGCAGGCCCGGGCCGCCACACGGACGAGGCCAAGUCCCGCCGGCAGAUGAGUGCCUUCUUCGACGUCGACGCCGCCGCUAAUGUCGACGACGGGCGUAGCUUAAAGGCAGAGAGGGCGAGCAAGCGCAUCACCAAGUCCGAGCUGAAGGCGUUCAAGGAGAAGCGGAGGGCGAGGAAGGAGGAAAAGAGGCGUGCUUGGCUGAGGGACUGA